GAUAAAUCAUUCGCCUGAGCGCUCUGAGCUGAAUCACACCAUUAUCCCUCCUCCUCCGGGAAAUACACACAAAAACAUCGGAUUUUUAAUGUUGUUCGGUCAUUAAAAGAAACAAAAAAACAAAUAGGACCAGCGAACACGGGUUGUUUACUGAAAACAGCACUGAAGAUUUAUUUAUAAAAGAAAGAGAGAAGAACAGAAAUCAAAAGAAAGUGACUGCAUUAGACUUUUGGGUGAAGAUGAAUACCGUUAGAGAAGUGUGAACUAAAAGCAAACUUACCUGCGCCGUUCACCUUGUGAGGACAGAAGGAGGAUUAAAGCAGCUGUAGAGGCUUCCCGACACCCAGUGGGAUGUGAGCGGAUCGGUGGCGGGCCGAGUGUGAAGGAGCAUGGUGAAACACCAACCCUUACAGGUCUAUGAGAGACAGCUGUGCUUGUCCUGCCUGACCGGGAUCUACGGGUGCCGCUGGAAACGCUACCAGCGCUCUCACGAUGACAGCUCCAAGUGGGAGUGCUCCUGGUUCCUCAUCCUGUGCUCCUCGUUUCUCCUCCUCCUCGUCUGGUCUUACUUCUGGUGGGAGGCUCACAACGACUACAACGAGUUUAACUGGCUGUUAUAUAACCGGUCAGGGGAGUGGAGCGAUGGUACCGUCCCCAUUCUCGCCAGCACGCUCGUGGGAUUCUCUUACACUGCAUUUUUAAUGAUAUUGGGCCUUUGCCAUAUCGCACUGGGACAGCAGCUCAAUCUCUACUGGGUUCAUAAGAUUGGCGUGCUGGCCGUCCUGCUCAUCACCGUCACAGGCGUGGUGUCCAUCGACGACUUAUGGCGGGACGAAUGGGACAUCAUCCUCAUCUCGCUGCAGUCGACUGGACCCUUCCUGCACCUUGGGGCCGUGGCUGCCAUGACGGCGUUGGGGUGGAUUGUCGCAGGUCAGGUCGUGCGUGGAGAAAGAACGAGAUUUCAGGUACUGCUGCUCCUGCUGUAUGUGUGUGUUCUCCUGGCUCUCUAUCUGACUCCCCUCACCAUCUCCUCCCCCUGCAUCAUGGACCGAUCGAACCUGAAGCCACAGCCCACCAUCAUCAGCCGCCGAGGAGCUCCGAUGCUCGCUCCGGAAAACACCGUCAUGUCCUUCAACAAAGCCUUGCAGCAGAAAGUCAGCGGCUUCGAGGCUGACGUCACCAUCAGUGCAGACGGAGUGGCCUUCCUGAUGCGUGACCAUACGCUGCACCGCACCACAGACGUGGACCGGGUCUUUCCUCGGCGGCAACACGAAGACGCCUCACUCUUCACCUGGCCGGAGAUACGCUCUCUAAACGCUGGCCUGUGGUUUCUCAAGGAUGACCCUUACUGGACGGCCCAGUUCAUGUCUGUGAAGGAGCGAGGCCGAGCAGCCAAUCAGACGGUGUGUAGUCUGGUGGAACUGCUGCGUCUGGCGGUAAAGACGAACCGCACAGUGAUGUUGAGCCUGCGCAGUCCUCCACCUCAACACCCACGACACGAGCUCUGGAUCAGCGAUGCCCUAAAGGCCGUGCAGCGCUCCGGCAUCCAGUCUGAACAGGUGAUGUGGAUGAAAGACUGGUACAGGAAGAAGGUGCGAUCCGCUGUGCCCAGGCCGGAGCAGACGGACGAGAAGCUUUCUGCGGAGGAGUUUAAAGAAAGGGGAAUCCGUACAGUGAGCUUACACUACAGCCAAGCAACAGAACCAGAAAUCAGACGCUUCAGAGGCAGCAACGUGAGCGUGAACGUGUACCCGGUGAACGAGCCGUGGCUCUACUCGGUGUUGUGGUGCAGCGGCGUUGAUUCCGUCUCGUCCGACGCCCCUCACGUCCUCCGCAAAGUGCCUCGGCCCAUCUGGUUAAUGAGUCCAGACGAAUACUGCUUGAUAUGGGUCAUGGCUGAUGUAAUAUCCGCAGCAGUCGUCAUAGGAAUGUUUAUAUUUCAGAGGUGGAGGAUGAGCGGGAUGCGCAGCUACAACCCGGAGCAGAUCAUGCUCAGCGCCGUGGUGCGCAGAUCCAGCCGUGACGUCAGCAUCAUGAAGGAGAAACUCAUCUUCUCAGAAAUAAACAACGGAGUCAGUAGCACAGACGAGCUGCCUCUCUACACGGAGCACGGAUACGAAGGAUACGCGCGCGACACCAUUUCCCGCUGAGCCGGAUAUCAUUUGGAGCGCGUCUUGAAAUGUUUUUCCUGGACUCUGGGAAAGUGCGUUGUUUCUUUUGGACUGAACUGCCGUGCCGCCGCCGCCGCCGCCGAAGAGCGUCCGUGAUUUGGGUCUUCAAGUGGAGCUUGUGGAGCUCUGAAUUGCACAGCUCGGUGUGAUGGGAUUUGUAUCGAUUAUUUAUAUAAAGGACCUUCACUCUGAUGCCUUAUGCUCUGUAUUAAAGCGGCUAUAAGAAGAAAAAGUUGCUGCAGCAGUAGUGUGUAUAGUUGAUGGAAUAUGAUGGAAUGUACCAUUUACUGAACGAAUUACCAUACUGCGAGUGGCUUAUUAUUACUGUUCACCAGUUUUUGCAAAUCGGUCGAUUUCUAUGAUCUGUGAUCUUUGGAGGAAGGAGAAUUAUUCGUAUUCCGAAGUAGGUCAGUACCGUGAGUAGAUCGUUUUUGUUUAUAUACAUAUCUUAUCCCGACUGUAGUAUUUUGUGCCGUCUACGCUGCAGUGGUUGAAAUACUGUGGUUCUCAGAGAAAUGAAAUGCCUCUAUGACGUGCAGAUUUGAAUGUAUUUCAUUCGUAGGAAGUGAAUUUAAAAAAAAAAAAAACACAAACAGCAGCAGCAACAAAAAUGAGCCACUGGACAAAAUAAAUAAAGGUAUACUGCAGUGUUGUGUACAUCUUCGUGAUCUUCCUGGAAGACUACGACGUCCCGAUCGAAAGCUGUGAUUAUGGUAUGAUGUUGCGUAGGUGGUUCACUGAGACGGAGAUAUUAUCAUGAAUUCAUACUAAUACAGCACUCAUAUUUUACAUGUUCGGUUACAGUGUUUUCUUUGUAUUUAAGAAAUGGGAUUCUGUGUUAGUAGUCAUAUUUUGUUCAGUAUGGUGGGGCAUUCAUUUUACUGACUCAAUCAUGCUGUUACUUUCACGUUUAACGACAAAAAAAAAGUCACAUACUGCCACUUUAAUCCCGAACUCGGUUAAUCCGUAACGCAGCAAAAGGCACGUCCGCUUUACGGAAGUGGUUUGAAAGGAAGCCCACACUAAAACAAAGCAAUACAUGUAGAACAUAUAUCAGGUUUAUUUAACAUCACUUACAUAUAACAUUCUCUCUCUCACACACACACACUUUACCGUGGAAUGGUGAUUGAGAAUUGAGAUCGAGAUUAAAGCUGCAGUGUGUAACUUGUUGAGAAUGAAAGUAGCAGCAUGAUGUAUUCAUUCCACAGAAAAGAGCAUGUGUGCAAUUUAUGGAAACUCUAAAAUAAACAAAUAAAUAAAUAAAU